AUGCUGGCGGAUAUCUGCGCUCAGGUGGGCAACGGGAUGGCCUACCUGGAGGGCGAACAGUUUGUCCACCGCGAUCUGGCUGCCCGAAACUGUUUGGUCAAGUCUGUCAGUCGUAACUCCAUUGUAGUGAAGGUUGCUGACUUUGGGAUGGCGCGUUUCCUCCUAGACAACGUAUACGAGCCCAGUGCAGGCACCAAAUUCCCCGUGCGCUGGGCCGCACCCGAGGUCUUUCAGUCCGUAUACACAGACAAGGCUGAUGUCUGGAGCUUUGGUAAGUUUUUAUUAUUACUAUUUUUAUUCACACAUCACUUGAUACUUCGACCAGGGUAA